AUGCAACUAGAGACAUUACGAUCUGUUAAAACCUUGGAUCAACUUCAAGAAGCACUAGAGCAAAUGAAUUAUAAACUAUCACACUCUGCCGCAUACCUUAGACUUAUUCCAAAAUGGCAUAAUACCAUAGAAGGAAAACAUCAUGUUAAAACUGUACCAGUGAAGCUUCUAAUGGCACAGAAUAUAUCAAGAAGAGCAUAUGAAAAUACCCGAUUCUGUGCUGCUUUGAUAAGAAAUAUCAAAGAAAUAGUGUCAUUAUUAGAUCCCAGAAAUGUUUUAGUAGUAUCCCGAAAUGAUAAAGUACAAAUACCUCUUGGUUUAGCUGCGGCAAAUAAACAAGGAGAUUUAGAAUUUCGCCAGGGUUUUGUUCUUCGUGAGGAUUUUGCAGGAUCUCGUCUUUUGUCAGGGAGAUUUAGAAUUUCACAAGGGUUUUAUCUUUCAUCAGAAGAUUUAGAAUUUUACCAAGCCAGUGCUGACAUAAAAGGUAAAAUUAAUAGUGCUGGAACUUAUACUGUUACAAAAUCUUAUAAGAAAGAUACAAAGUUCCAUUAG